UAUUAUAGCUACUCGCCCCCAACGACUGAAGAUCCUGGCUUGUUACCCAUAGUAUCUUCUGUGGGUUCGGGGAAGUAGAACAUAUUAUUUCGAUCCAUGUAUAUCUUACUACCUUGCCCCUCGAUCUAGAUUUCUGUCACUUCCCCCUCCUCUCCUCCGCCUUUUGACUCGAUACCUCUAUUCAGCAACGUUUAAUUAUAUCCAUUGCCGUUGUUGCUCGGCUGCGAGCCCUUCGCGCGGGGUGUGCACACCCUUGAGCCUCCAGAAACAACUUGCAAAAUAUACUACGACCAUUGCAUGAACGGGAUAUGAACUUGAGGCGACCGCAAUCGCAUUUCGCAGAGGUCACAAUCACACGAACAAGUCUGCCAGUAUGACGAAUCGUACAUUAUUGAACGGACGGUGUCCAGUACCGUUUCUUCAGGAAGAUCUCUUCCCCUCCACCGGUGGAUUCGUCGGAGGUCGUUAUUGUCAACCUGUGGGUGAUAUUUCUUGCUGUUUACCCUGUCCGAUAGCAUCAUGGACGUACGGCGAUGGGUUGUUCGAGAAAGCGAGCGCUGCAAGUUGGAUCAGUGUUGCUAUACUGCCGCUCUGUAUCUUCCUGCUUGUGUCAUACGCAGUUCUUCCGGUCAAAUUUACGCAUCGCCACUACCUCAGCAUCUGCUUCACAUUGGGCAUCUGUUUCAUGGAGAUUGCGUUCAUUAUCCCUCUAGGGGUAAAACCGGAUCAAUGCCAUAACCAGAUCACUCCCAACGAUAUGCAUUCUAGUCUCUCGUGCGCUUUCACAGGUGCCCUUCUUCUUUUCGGAGGCUGGAUGGUGGUAGUAUGGAGUUUUCUCCGUACGGUGGCCUUCCAUCUUCAGGUAUGCUGGGAAGUGAUACUGGGUCCGAAAUUCAUGUGGGGAGCGUUGAUCUUCGGUUGGGUCGUCCCGGCUGUCGGCCUCACGGUGAUGCUGCUCUUGACGGGUGUAUCUUUUCGAUUCGGCUCUGUUUGCCAUAUCAACAUCGAUCGUGGCCUACAGGACUACUGGAUUCCCAUCAUCUCGUUCUCCGUUGCCGCACUGAUCCUCCAACUGGCGACAAUGGGGUACUGCAUCCAUGUCUACGUCAAGUCUCUCUUCGACACGGACUCAACCACGAAUAGCUCGGGAUUGCCGUCGUACUCCGCCAGCGUCCGCACCGUGUCCGCUCGUCAAGCCUACCGUCGCAUCCGAAGAGUCCUCCAACUGCAAUGGAGAGGCGUAGCUCUGGUCCUGAUCAUCAUCGCGAAUGUGAUUUUCUUCGCUGUGACCUUCAUCGAGCUCGACAGCGCCCUCAAAGCGACCCCGGAGAAUAUGGAAAAGGCGACUCCAUGGAUUGCAUGUCUGGCAGCCAACAAGGGUGACCGGGCAAAAUGCGACCCCGAGGCGUCAAAGGUCCGGCCCAACGAAGGGCUCCUACUCGCCGUCCUGAUCCUCCUGUCCCUGGUCGGAUUCUGGAACUUCAUCCUCUUUGCUCGCCCCUCGAUCUUCCGCGGCUGGGUCGACUUCUUCCAGAACAAGUUCGGCGUGGGCGAGGGCCGUCUCGAGUUCGUGUCCGCUGAUGCACGCGGGCGGCUGGGCGACACGCGGUCCUACGAGAUGCUCAACAGCACGGGCCUCCCCUCCUACAAAUCGCCAUCGCCCAUGGUCCGAUCGCCAAGUCCUGCGCGCAUGGCGGGGACGAAGAGUCCCGAGAAUGGCCACUUCGGGCGAGAUGCCAGGUACGUGCGGCCGUCCAUGAGCUUCUCCAGCCCGCGGCCGCCCAGCGCAUCACAAGGGCGCGACUGGGAUCCCAAGACAACGUUUGCCCCCGCCGUCUAUCGGGAAGAUGAUGACUAGACUGGUGUCUUUUUGGGCUUUGGUUUUAUGUAAUGCUAUGUCAUGCUGUUGAGGUGUUUAAAAAAUUCUUUGUAUAUUGGUUUGGAUGAUGCAAUGUAUACCCUAGCAAUGUUUCUGGCCCUCUGUUUCCUACUCUUCAUAUCAAAGAUAAUGCUAUGCAUAUUACUUUCACAAGC